CUCUCUCUCUCUCUCUAAGACCAUGUUAGAUUCAAAAACAGAGCAAGCCGAUGGUUUCUUUUUCGGCCGGAAAACCAUUCCCGGCGAACCCACCGGCAUUUUCUCGCCGCCACUAUGGAAAAAAACAACACUCUCUCAGACCCAUAUGCAACCUCAAUCUCAUCGGAGCAAUAAUCUCCGGUCUCAGAAUCCAACGGCGAGAUCUCAGGCGAUCGCCAGAGGACAAUGGGAACUGAUGGAAAUGGUAAAGAACAUGCCGGAAUCUUGUUAUGAGCUUUCCUUAAAGGAUUUAGUUGAAAAUCCUCGAGUGAAAGAACAGGAGUGUUUGGUUCCUGAGAAAAUUCAGGGGAAGAAGAUUGGGAAAAAGGUAAAGUUAGUGAGUAUUGGAAACAUUGAUAACUGUAAAAAUGGAGGCUUGUUUUUGAAACUGGUUUUUCCCAUUUCUUUUGGCGGAUCAAAGAAGAGGAAGAAAAAGAAAACAAAUUCAAAGUCUUCGCCGGAGCCGGAAAAUUGGGAGAAAUCAUCAAAGGACGGUGGUGGGUUAGAGAGAGAGUGGUGGUGGAAGAAGAGAUUUUCUGCUUCCGGUGAGAGUGAGAGUGAUGGAAGCCGAAGUAGUCACACUGGUAACAGGAGCAGGAAUAUGGAGGGUUUAAUACCUCGCUGCUGGUCAUUUUUCUUCCCCAAGAAGGGAUAAGGGUUUGAAAAUUAAAUAAAAUAUGUAUUUUCAUUUUUAUUUUAUUUGGACAACAUUAAACUGGUUUGGGCAGCAUCCUUAAUUUAUUCAAAUAAUGUAAUAAACGUAUUUUAAGGUUGGUUAUAAACAAGUCAAUAUUUGUG